UUUGUAAUCAGAAACUAUCCUCUCUCUCUCUCUCUCUCCUCCCAAUUACCUUUCUCUCCGUCAACUGAUUGGGAAAUGGUGUCGCCGGAGAAUACCAAUUGGCUCUACGAUUACGGGGUCGAAGAUAUCACUGCUCCUGAUGCAAAUUUCUCGGGUUUGGCUACCGGGUUCAGCUGGCCUGUGCAGCCCUUGAAUGGUUCAUCCACUGUCAGUCCUGAACUUGAUGGAUCAUUUGGGGAUUCUGAUGGCACAAAGGAUGCUGGCUCCAAAAAACGACCAAGAGCUGAAUCAUGCACCGCAACAAGUUCCAAAGCAUGCAGGGAGAAGCUGCGAAGGGAUAAGCUAAAUGACAAGUUCAUGGAAUUGGGUGCACUCCUUGAGCCAGGCAGGCCCCCUAAAACAGACAAAUCUGCUAUCCUAAUUGAUGCUGUACGUGUGGUAACACAGCUCCGUGAUGAAGCUCAGAAGCUGAAAGACUCAAAUUCGAAUCUGCAGGAGAAAAUAAAAGAGUUGAAGACCGAGAAAAAUGAACUUCGAGAUGAGAAACAGAGGCUUAAGGCUGAGAAAGAUAAGCUAGAGCAACAACUGAAGACCAUGAACACGCAACCUGCUCUCCUGUCUCCUGCCAUGCCGGCAGCUGCAUUUGCUGCUCAAGGCCACACCCCGGGAACUAAGGUGGUGCCGGUGAUUAGCUACCCCGGAGUAGCCAUGUGGCAGUUCUUGCCGCCUGCUGCUGUUGACACCUCACAGGACCAUGUACUCCGACCUCCAGUGGCUUAAUCUUGGCAGCUAAGCCUGUAACAGUUGGGUUCACUUUGUGUUUUAGUUGUCCAUUGAUUUUGUUAUUGCCCAUUUUCUAUGUAACUUUUAGGUUUAAUACUUGAAACUUUAUUCCAUGGAUGGUGUAAGAUCCUACAAUCUUACUUAUCCAAAAAAAAAAAAAAAGGGAAAAAAAAACUCAAGACUCUGUGAUCUUCAAACUAAGGAGUUAUGGUGGUUUUAUUUGUAAAUGUCAACAGCCUAACCCUCA